AUGAAAUCCUUCACUAUCGCUGCUACCACUCUUUUGUCCCUCAGCGCUGCCGUUCUCGGGCGCCCCGCCGAUUCCCCCGCCGAAGUCUGGGCACCGCACAUCACCUCUCCCACUGCUGAGACCGUCUGGACCAUUAGACAGAAGUACAACGUCACUUGGGACACAUCCAACCCGCCCAAGGUCACCAACCCCUUCGGCUUGGUCGUCUUGCGCUCAGGCGGUGACACUCAAUGGAACCAUAUGCUCGCCUACGGUUUCAAGAUCCUGGACGGCAGUGUACAAGUCACUGCGCCCGACGUGAACGGAGGCGACUAUUCUGUCGUUCUCAUGGGUGACUCUAACAACUGGAGCCCUGACUUUUCCAUUGUUAGCAGUGCAUCUAACAGUAUCUGACCUAGUCAAUAAGUACAUGGGAUCCGAGUUGGUCUAGAGUUACCGCCAGAAGCAGCUGAUGCAACGUCUCGCUUGUAUCCGUUGCUCGCGCAGCUUAUUCGCUCUGUUCGUACACCGUUCGAAACUAUACGUCGUUGAAUAUCGAGCUUUAUGCCAG